AUGAGGGGGCACCUGACGCAGAAGGUGGACGUGUUCGGAUUCGGCGUGCUGGCCCUGAAGAUCGUCUACGGCAGGCUCAACGCGGACACGAGCCUACCGCAGGACGAAUUCUAUCUCCUCGAAUGGGCGCGUGGAAAGAGGGUGGAGAAAAAAACCUUUCCUUGUUUGAGGCGGGUAGAUGAUGACGCUUGGUUUUCUCUCUUUCUGUCUCUACCCAGGCGUGGCGGCUGCACCAGAGCAAUCGGGAGCUGGAGCUGGUGGACCCGUCGCUUCCUGGUACAACGAGGAGGUGCUCGCGGUAAUCGGCGUGGCGCUGCUCUGCACACAGACGGCGCCGUCGCUGCAGCCGCCGAUGUCGCGGGUGGUGGCGAUGCUCACCGGCGACGUGGAGGUGGGGAAGGUGUGGUCGAAGCCUGGGUACCUUGCCGACUGGCAGUUCAGCGACCUUAAUACCGCCUUCGCCAGCAGGGACUACCUCGGCCCAGACCAGUUGUCCGCAAGCACCAGCCAGGUCAACGCACCGUCGCGUCCGAGCAACAUGAUCUUGCCCAGGCUGGCCGACGCGAUGUUCCACGAUGUCAUCGGCGGGGGGAGGUGACCCCCAGGCUGCUUUGUCACACCGGUGGACAGGAAUACACACCUCUCUUGCUUCACCCCGUGCGGCGUUGGUCGUCGUUGCGACACCAAAAGUUUUUUGACUCGCAGGGGAGUAAUAAUCUUAUUGCUUUGGUGGCGCAGGUUCUUAUUGUGGGCCCAACCACGACUCUCUUUAGGUGUGUGACAUUAUCCCCUAUAUCUCAAAACCCAAUGUCCUCGUCAUACAAAGCUUCUUAUGGUUGGUACAAAGUCUGAUCUCCAAGAGUGCCUCAAUGAAUAUAUAUUUGACUCUCAUGCUUUUGAAUCCUUUAAUUUAGAUGAAUUUAUCUCAUAAAAUUAUUGCUUUAUUUAUUACUGUGAUAAAUAUGAAUAUUCACAAGAAUUGACACUCAUAGUUAUUGAUACAUUAGAUUUAAUGAGAUUGUUGAAGUAAAAUAAAAGCGUGAAAGCCUAUCCAUCAUACUAGUUUUCUAUGAUACAAAAUCAAUACUUUUGAUUAUAUUGAUGUUGAAUUACUUGAUCAAAUUUGAACUCUUUAAAAGGGUACUUGUAAUUUUCAGAGUAUUAAUAAAUAUUAAUUAAAAUAUAAUCUUAAAAUAUCAUUUCAUUGAAAUGAUGGUUUGUAUUGAAAUCAAGAGUUACUAUAACUACUUUAUAUUCAUAAUUUAUUUGAAGCAAUUUGGAUUAAUUUUGAAUGUAAAUUCAGUACUUUAUUUCAACUGUAUUUUGGUUCUAUUUUAAUAAUAGCAGAUUCCUAUCGAAGAGCAAAUAAGUUUUGGAUAUAUAGAUGAGCGCCUAACAGUCAUGCAUAUUGGUUUUACAUUCGAGGACAUCCAAAUCCAUUUGAAUUUUUAACUAUUUUUAGGAUUUUAACAUUGAGAAAAUAUGAAAAAUAGAGGAGGUUUUUUGGAUCAUAAUUACUUAUAAAUUCAACCUCUCUCAAAUAGUUAAUUUAUUAAUGACAAUCAUCUCCAACUUGUUUACUUUUUGAAGAAUCUUUCUAACAUUUUAUGCAAAGAAUUAUGUGUAAAUUAGAGUAGUUCCUUGAACCUUGGUCCAAUGUCAAGAAGACCACCAGUCAAGGAAAAAGAAUUGAUUGAAAACCAAUUAUCAUCUAUGUAAUUGAAGUACUGAUGUCUUUCAUAUUAUCAUAGCUUCAUAUGAAGAGGAGAAACAAAAUCAAUCAUAAUUUAACAUAUAGUUCAUCAUUUUUUUAUGAUGAUAUUCCUAAGUCAAUUCUAAAGUCAACAUGAACUACCAGAAAUUUUCUAUGAUAAUAUUCUUCCAAAUUUUGUUUGAGAAUAACUUAUAAUUGAAUAUUAUUUUAAUCACUCAAGGGAUCUGAUCUUUGUAAUCAAUAGUGUACCUUUUACAACCAAGCACACAGCUACAAUUGA